CUGGUCUGGUGGUGGGAUUGUAUGUAACUAAAGAAUAAAAAAUUUUUUAACAAAAACUUAAGUGUUAGACAAUCUACUCUCUCCUUUAGCAAAGCUAGCUAUCGUAAACUAGCCCUGAACCCAUACUGCUCGAGGGUCCUGAAUCGUAGUAUUACAGGCUGGAGCCUGCCUCCCGGCAGGGCGGAAGGUAACUGGUGACGGGACUGAGCCCACGGCUGCGGAUUUAUCCCUCCCUUGUUCAACCUCCACUGUCCCUCCAGCGCUGCGAACCCUUAGCAGUGCUGGAGGUUCGCACCAGCGACGCUAGAUGAGAAAGCAGUCCUUCGACUCUGGGAAUUCGCAGGAUUGUAGCUCCUGUUACGCAGUGCGCCCCCUGCGGAGCGCCGUUAAAGCAAGGAGAGGCAGCGCAGCAUGCUGGAGGAGGACAAAAUUUUUUUAAUCGUUGUUAUUUUCUAUUUAUUUUCCCUUAUUAUUUAUAAUAAAAUUUGAUACUUUUUUUAUAUACCCUUAAAGAACCUUAACUAGAUUAUUUUUUAAUCUUAGUUUU